AUGGCGCGCGUCAUUGCCAACGUCAUCGAGUACCGGCCCUCCCCGCUGGCGGUGGGGCUCAAGGCCUCUGCUCUGGAGGACACCUUGGUGCAGCGUGUCUUCACGGAGUACAAGGUGACCUCCGGAAGCAAGGUGGAACUCAACAUCAAGGGCCUGGGGCUCGACCCACAGAGGCCUGCUAUCCUGACUGAUGAGGCUGAGAUCUACGAGUGCGAGGCGCGUAAGCUCAACUUUGGAGCUGGGAAGACGCGAUCUCGGCGUGUCGGCUCAUUGGCCCAAGAUGCGGCCCGUCUCGAGUUCAUGGACGCGGAGAGGGCUUCGCGCCUGGAAGAGGAGACCUGCGCCAAAGCACGCGCACGGCUCCUGGAGCAGCGAAGGGCCCUGGACACCGAGGGCUUUGUGGUGCUGCAGCAAGUCUUGAGCCAGGACACCAUUGAAAGGCUGCGCAGCCUCGUGCAGGGGGACCUGGAGAGCUUAUGGCCGGAGGGUUUCAUCGACUGCACCCCCACCCGCCUGGAUGCCCUUCCCGCAAUGCGGGUGGUGGAUCUGAAGGCCAUGAACUUCGGCUAUGGCAAGUUCGCGUACCUCGCAGAGCCUCUGCCCUCGCCUUUGAACGCCCUGCGGGCCGCGCUCUACGAGGUGCUGGUGCCCGUCGCCAACACCCAGAAGGAGAUGUUUCGGGCCGAGAUUGCCCCGAAGCAGCUGAAGUUGGAGGAGUUUCCGCCUCGGAUCUUGGACUUGUGGGAGAUUUGCAAAUCUGCCACCCCGCCGCAGCGGCUGCCUACUUCCAUUUGCCUGAGAUACUGCCCCACCGGGUGCAUGCAGCCGCACCGUGACCUGCAGGGCAGCGUGAUGUUCCCCUUCCAGGCCAUGUUGCCUCUGAGCGACCCAGGCACAGACUACGAGGGGGGCCGCUUCUUUGUGCAGCCGGGGAAGCGCGAUGUUGGCCGGCAGUACUGCCAGGAGCUCCUCACGGGCGACCUGAUCAUCUUCCGCAGCGGCCUCUACCACGGCGUGGAGCCCCUCACCCGCGGCCGCCGCUUCGCGAUCGCGAUGCAGUUCGCGCUGUCCCACUUGAAUGAGAACCCUUCCCUUCCGAGGAGGACCUGGGAGGAGAAGAUGGAAUUGGAAAAGCAGCAAAGCGCGCAGACGGAGCUCGAGCAACCACCCUUGGGCUGA